CGCAGACCGUUAUUUCCAGCUUUCAUAGCCCGCUUUUUGGUGGGCAGCGCUCUACUUUUAAACCAACAAUGAAACCCAAAUCCGAUUUCUGUUAGCCGGCUUGAUUGCAGGCAUGGAGUGGAAGAGGAAGGGGAAGAACCCUAGAUCUGCACUGGUCUCUGCGCUCAUUCUUGCAAGCCUUUUGUUAGUUUCUAGCGUGGAAGACGAGUGCUCCGCUUGCAACGCCAUUGCGGAUGAGAUAGAGAUCGAGUUUUUUGAUCAGGGGUUAGAUUCUAUUAGUCGUCUUGAAAGAAAAGACGUUGAUUACAGAAACGGCACACAAGCAGUUGUUGAAAUGUUGGAUGGACUUUGUGAGAAAAUGCUAGACCACACUUUAGAGAAGUUGGAUACAGGUGAAGAGAUUUGGGUCAGAGUACACGACUGGAACAAUCUUCCAGCUGGGAAAGAUAAACAAGAGGCACAAAAAUACUCAAAGUAUAUAUCAUCUUUCUGUAAAAGGUUAUUGGAGGAUACAAAAGAUGAG